UUGAAUUAUUCUUCAUCUUCUAAUUAAAUUUUACAAAAUAUAUUUUUUUAACCAAAGACAAAGGUGCGCGUAUGCAUAUCCGAAAUGCGUGUAAAAUUUUAGAUUUUUAUAGGUUCUUUUCUACAGCGGAAUAGAAUUUCACCUAUAAUUUUAUGAAAUUGAUUGAGAAAAACAAAGAGCUAUGAUGAAACUGUUUGAUGCACAUUGCCAUCUUCAGGAUUCAAGAAUCUUAAGCAAGACACCACAACUGAUAAAGGCAGCACAAGACAGCGGCGUCGUCAAUUUUGCCGUUAACGGAGUUUGCGAACAGGAUUGGCUUUCCGUCAAGCAAUUGUCCAUCACUCAUCCUUCUGUUCUUCCUUCCUUUGGCCUUCAUCCCUGGUAUGUUACAGAGAGGAGCCCCAAUUGGUUUAAUAAAUUGAAAGAAUAUUUUGAUUCUACACCCUCGGCUGCAGUUGGAGAGAUUGGCUUGGACAAAGGAUCACACGGAAAGAAGAUUGAUUUUUCUGAGCAGGUUGAAGUAUUAAGGCAGCAGCUUGAACUUGCUAAAGAGUUAAACAAGCCAGCAUCUGUACACUGUGUUCGCGCUUACGGUGACCUUCUUGAGUUAAUGAAGUCUAUGGGACCUUUUCCCGCCGGUGUCAUCCUUCAUUCUUACCUAGGUUCUGCUGAGAUGGUUCCUGAAUUUUCAAAGCUCGGUGCUUAUUUUUCCUUCUCUGGCUUUCUUAUGUCACUAAAACACAAUAAAGCAAAGAAAAUGCUGAAGAUGGUCUCUUCUGAUAGGAUCUUGUUGGAGACAGAUGCACCCGACGCGCUACCAAAGUCGAACAUAAAUUCUCUUUUCUUUGUUGAAGGAGAUACUUCUCUUGCCGAAAGAACAACUUCAUCCUCCACUUCUGAUUCGUCUCAAGCUGUAACAGAUGCUUCGAUGUUGCCGAAGGAAACACUCAAUCAUCCUGCUAACAUUCAUAACGUUCUUGAUUAUGUUGCAUCUAUGCUAGAAAUUACAAAAGAGGAACUAGCUGAAUUAAGUUACCAGAACGCAGUUCGCAUAUUCUCCUAUGAAGGAUCAAAACUACUUCAAAAGUAAACAAAUUACAGGUUCUUGUCAGAUAAAUUCUUAGCUUAAUUAGGCAAGUUUAUUUUGUAAGAUAAGUCCCAACCAGAAUUUAAAUAAAGAUAUAAACAGAAAGAUUGUAACAACAACAGUUUGAUUAGGUGUGUGGUAUAUCUCAUAGAUUUGUUCCUCUCUCAAAUUUAAUUCUCUCAAAUUUAAUUACACUCAAUUUUCCAAGUUAAAUAAAAGAUUAAAUAUAUUAUAAUUUCUCUA